AUGUUGUCGCAAACAGAAUACGAAGACACUUUAUGGAAAUAUAAUAAUAUUCCGCAAUCUAUUACGGGAAAAAAUCGAAAAAAUAUACGUCAACUAUAUCGAAAGAAGCUUAUUGAACAUCAGUAUGCUUCGACAUAUCCACCGUUUCAAUCUUCUCCAUAUGAAUUAAUUUUUCUGAAUUUUAAAACAUCAGAAAAAAUAUUAAAUAAAUUAAUUAACAUCAUAAACUCAUCAUCAUUAUUCGUUCUUGAUACUGAAUCAGUCUGUGUAUUUAAAAAAGAAAAUAAAUCAGCUCUUAUUCAGUUUCAAAUAAUUACACGUGAACUUAACACAUAUAUCUUAAUUAUUGAAAUUCAUCAUUUACCAAAACCACAUACUUCAACAUUUGCAUUAAUUAAAACUGUAUUUGAAUCAUUAUUUCAAUCAAACAAUCAAAUUUAUGUAUGGGGUCCAAUUGAAGAAUUGGAAAAUUUCACUCAAUUUGGUUUAUUCACCUCCGAACAAAUUCAUCGAUGUAUGUAUAAAAAUCUUCAAAAUGAUUUUAAAUUAUACUGGUGCAAAAACCACGCACAUGAUUCAACAAUAUCCAAAUGCAUCUGUGAACAAUGCCUUGGAAUUCAAGCAAAUAAUCCAUGGAGCAUCCAAGAUGCCGUCGGUCAUCAAUUACAUAAAUGGUUAGACAAACGGCUAACACGUUCGCCGUUUGAUAUUGGACUUGAUCCAAAUUUAGUUCAAUUAAAUUCAAAUCAAGUAGAAUAUCGUCAAAUGAUCACUCGAUAUGCCGCUGAUGACUGUGAUGCGAUGUUUCAAUUACUUGUUUCUAUGGAUUUAAUUAAUCAACAACAGUCAUCACCACUUGUUCCAGAAGAAUUAGAUGAUGGACUAGAAUUAUUAUUAUUUGACAUAGAUCAACAAUAUGAACACGAACUACUGGAACAACAUCAACUUACUACAACAACUGAUAAUACAAGUAAUGAUGAACCUAUGGAGUUAUCAACAUCUCACGAUAAUCAAAUGUUGAAUACAAAUAAUGAUGAACCAAUGGAAUUAUCACCAUCUCCAGAUAAUCAAAUGUUGAAUACAAAUAAUGAUGAACUAGGUGAAGAAGAUGAUCAACGAACACCACCAGUUGAACCUGAACUUGAAUCUGAACGACGUCGUCAUCGCCGUCCAUCAAUUACGGAAGACGCAAAACGAAAAAUUCACAAUCGUGGUUGCACCCUUCGUCAACGACGAAAAUAUUAUCGUCACGAAAUUAUACGCAACAAUUUUGAUCCAAGAUUCACCGUUCGGAAUAUAAAAGAUAUACUCCGUCAACUUCGUAUUCCAGUUACAGCUGUAAACUUUUCACUACCAUCACCUGUUACUGGUCGACGAAAAUUAUAUAUAGGAAUUAAAAACUCAUUUGAAUUAAAAUCAAGUGAACGAAAAAUUUAUACCUUAUUUACACGUGAACACUAUGAACAAUUCAAACAUACAAAAGAAAAAUUGUCUCGUCGUCGUGGUGAAUAUAAUCAUGAUCAACAUUAUCAUCGUCAUGAUCGUCAUGAUCGUUAUCAUCAUCAUACACGUUGA